GAGCCGUUGUGUCGGUUCGGUUAGCUCGGAACGAUCUCCAGUCCAUCUCUAGAGCUCAACGAGCUCAGAUGGAUGUUCCCUAUCUCGAUGUCUGGUCGAGCGCUGGGCCCGAUCCGGUCCAGCUCGCGCGGUCGAUAGUUUCCUGUAGGAAGAACGAGGAAACCGCCUUCUAUGUCAUCGAUCUCGACGAUCUCUCGUUCAAGCUGAAGCUCUGGCGUGAAGUUCUACCUCGAAUUGAACCUCAUUAUGCUGUGAAGUGCAACUUCAAUAAAGUUAUCCUGAAAGCUCUCGUUGGGCUUGGGGUCGGUUUCGACUGCGCUUCGAAGAACGAGAUGCGUCUGCUGUUGUCGCUCGGGGCGGAUCCUUCAAAAAUUGUCUAUGCGCAUCCAAUAAAGUGCCCGACAUACAUCCGUUUCGCGAAAGAGAGAGGAAUCUAUCGUAUGACAUUCGACAACGAGAGGGAACUAGAAAAGAUAAGAGAUCAUUUCCCCGAGGCGCUGCUGAUACUUAGAUUGCGUGUAGUCGAGAAAGAUUGCUACACCAUGACCGACAAAUUCGGAUGCCCCCUGGAUAAUGUUCCCAGUGUCCUAGACGCAAUGAGGAGGCUCGGGUUGAAUUUACACGGCUUCAGCUUUCACGUGGGUAGUCAGAGUCAAGAGGACGGCACUUCGGUGAGGGCUCUCCGAGUGUGCAAGGAUGCCGAGAAGAUCGCUCUUGAUUUCGGUUGCGCUCCGAAACUAAUCGACAUCGGUGGUGGCUUCGACUGCAAUAGGGGCAAGGAAACGUCUUUCCGGAAGAUCGCCGAAACCAUAGGCACGGAAUGCGACUCCCUGUUCCCGGCAUCGGAGGGCUAUGAGAUCAUUUCCGAACCCGGAACCUUCUUCGUUGGAUCAGCAUGUAGCGUUUGUGCCAUGAUUGUUGGCAAGCGUGAUCUCAAAGGCAUGACGCAGCUGUACCUGAACGAAUCCGUUUACGUCUCGCUUCACAUGGCACUCUGCGGCGACAGCUAUAUCCAACUCCAACCAUUGAGUGGCUCGGAGAUUUUUGAAAAACACACCGUCGGCGAGGGUUUGUAUCCGACUCGCAUCUACGGCGUCAGUCUCGAUGGGAUCGAUCGGAUCAUCCCGUGCUGGCAACUGCCGGAGAUGGAAAUAGGAGAUUGGAUUCUGCUCUUCAAUCAGGGCGCCUAUUCGGAAACCAUUGAGACUCCUUUCAAUAUGCUGGAAUCGCCAGAUCGAUACUACAGAUCGAGCAGCUCCGACGUCAUCGAAGCCGUGCGGGACUUGUGUGAUCCCGAAGCCACGGACCGAGUUUCCUGAACUCCUGCUUGUCUUCCGUCUGCCAAACAACAACAUGAGGCCUUCAUAGCGACAUUCGGAAGAAUUAUUUCUAACGUUGCAAUCAUUACUCCGCGUUCGUCUUAUUCGUCCUUGAUGAUUAUCCCUCGUUUAGAGACUUCGGGCAUUGCGGGAAUACAUACUCGUCUCUUCAAAAAGCUGAGUGUUCGGACGGAGACCGGCAUGGGUCUCGACAGCAGGAUCACCGCAAGAAUGAUUCACCGAUCAGCCGAGGAGAGACGGGAAAUAAAUCUCGAGGAAUCGAA